GAUUUACGGUGUUUAUUUAAAAUAAAUGCGAGAAGCACAUGACGUUUUAUUAACCCGGAAAUAACAGUCGGUAAGACAGCUGAGAGAGAGAGAGAGCGAGAGAGGCACAGAUACAGAGAGGGAGAGAGAGAUCUAAAGCCUUCUCCCUGGAGCUUAUAGCGUGCUACCUGGACGCCAUACGUGUUUUUCAUCGUUUCACAAUCAAAGAUUGUUAGUAUUUCUGUAGGAUUGCGACCUUGGUGAGUGCCUGGAUAGGCCUCCCUUCUGUCACCUCCUUUGCUUUUCUGCUGGUACGUUGUCAUGGGGAACCUCCUUAAAGUUUUGACAUGCACAGAUCUUGAACAAGAGCCCAACUUCUUCCUCGAUUUUGAAAAUGCCCAGCCAACAGAAGCAGAGCGGGAAACGUGGGACGAAGUGGAUGUGGUCCUGAAGGAUGCACUGGCAAUACUUGAUGAACUACAGGCAUAUAAAGGCGCGGGCCAAGAGAUACGAGAGGCAAUCCAGAACCCUAAUGAUGAGGCAUUACAAGACCAGGCAUGGGCUGCUGUGGUGCCACUAGUAGGCAAACUAAAGAAGUUCUACGAAUUUUCACAGAGAUUAGAAGCAGCGCUGCAUAGUCUAUUGAGAGCACUCACUAGUGAGACAUACGAUGAGCUCCCACACUGUGGUGUGGGGGGAGAGCAAUUGCUUGAAAAGUUGUUUGAUGUGAUGCUGUUCUUAAUGUUGUUUUUUGAUGUGAAGAUGACAAAUCCUGCCAUUCAGAAUGACUUCAGUUAUUACAGGAGGACCCUGAGCCGCAUGAGGAUCAAUAACGUUCCUGCAGAGGGAGAAAACGAGGUGAAUAAUGAACUGGCCAAUCGGAUAUCUCUAUUUUAUGCUGAUGCCACACCCAUGCUAAAGACAUUAAGUGAUGGCACAACAAAAUUUGUAUCUGAGAAUAAAAACUUGCCCAUUGAAAACACAACAGAUGUAUUAAGCACCAUGGCGAGUGUGUGCAAAGUUAUGUUGGAAACCCCAGAGUAUCGCAGCCGCUUCAGCAGUGAGGAGACCGUUUCCUUCUGUCUGCGUGUCAUGGUGGGGGUCAUUAUCCUCUACGACUAUGUCCAUCCUGUCGGCGCAUUUGUGAAGUCCUCCAAAAUAGACAUGAAAGGCUGCAUUAAAGUGCUCAGAGAUCAGCCACCAAAUAGUGUGGAAGGUCUUCUAAAUGCUCUCAGGUACACAACAAAACAUCUUAAUGAUGAGUCAACCACUAAGACCAUUAAAAGCAUGCUGCAGUAGCAACAAAACUCUGGGACACACCACUGGCCUCAAGCAGAUGCUCAGGAGAUGCACAUACUGUACCUGUAGACUCUCUCUCCUGGACUGAAGCGAUGCACAGAAUGUUUUUCCUUUUUUUUUCUUUUUUUUAAUUAAACUGGGGGAAAAAAUCAGACAAAAGCUUCUCUAAUCUUUCCUGGUCUUUUUACAAAGCAGAUGUGUGGUUUUCUGUGCCAAAAUGGUUUUGCUGAAAUCCCUUGUUUAUAAUGUUCCUGAAAUACAGCCAUUCUAUUGAUGGCAGCUAUGAAAGCAUUGUUAGAUUAUAUUUGUGGUAAAUGUUUUAAUUUAGCUUGUUUCCCUAUAAAGGAAGGGUGAGUGUUUUGACUUGAAUAUAAAAUAUCUAUAUAUUAUCUAUAUGAUCUAGAUACAAUUAUAUAAAAAAGAGAGAAGUAUAUUAUUAUUAUUAUUAAUUCUUUUUUUUUUUAGAAUUAAUAUUUAAUGUUACAUCCACUGCAUGGCAAAUUGAUUACAUGUCUUCUGUUUAAAAGAAAACGCAAAAGGUGUUUAAAUUAAAUGUUUUGAAAUGGUACUUAGAGAUUAAAAAUGGAGGUUAAUAUUUUUUUUUCAAGUUUUAUAUUUUUUAUAGGUCUUGAUUUAUGCAUUUUUUCCCUGUAGGUGUUAUAAUUUUCUGUUUUUUUUUUUUUUUUUUUUUUUUUUUU